AUGUCUAUUGAACUAAAUUGGGAGACGCUCACAAGCGGCCCUGAUGGCGAUGCCCUCGCGGAGCGCAUCAGAGAGUUUGUGCACGACAAAUUUCAGACAGUUCCAUUACCAAAAUUCAUCCGUUCAGUAACAGUCCAUGGCUUUGACUUCGGCACUAUCCCUCCACAACUUGAGUUGAAGGACAUCACGGAUCCUCUCCCUGACUUUUAUGAAGAAGACCUGGAAGAUGAUGAAGAAGACAGCGAAGAGGAACCAUCGCCGCCACCUCCUCCGGAGCCUACAAGGAUGAGGCCUGGGCCUACGCCGUGGGGAGGAACGACGAGGGUAGGUGGUGGUUUGAGAAGCGAGGUACUGAGAAAUGAGAUGAUGGGUCACGACUUCGGCAGUCCGUUCUUGGGAACAUCUACGCCAGGACUCUUGGGAGGGCCGGGAUUGGGUUAUUUCCAGAGUCAUCUCAAUACAGGCACACAUACACCGUUGGCCGCCGUUGCAAGCGCACAUCACACCAACUGGAUGAGCGUCCCAGGAACACCAGCUCGCGAGUGGGGAGCUCCAAGUCACACCCGGAACCCGUCACAGAGCAGCCUCAACUCGGUGGACAACUUCAAAGCCAGCCUUGACCCUCUGCAAAGCCUCCGUGAAAAGGGAAGCGUGUCCACACUUGCGCCUACGUCAGUUGAGGCAUCACGACCACCAACAAGGGACACACAUCUUGGUGGUUCAGCUAUUGUUGAUGACGAUGAUGAUGACGAAGAAGGAGAGGAUGACGCAGGACCACGACCGAGAGAACCCCGAGUUGAAGAUGUGCAAGCUGUCUUUAGAAUACGCUACAACGGCGACAUACGUCUGAACCUCACGGCAGAGAUCUUGCUUGACUAUCCCAUGCCAAGCUUCGUUGGCAUCCCUCUCAAGCUCAACAUUACGGGGUUGACUUUUGACGGUGUCGGCGUGUUGGCACAUAUUCGCAAGCGCGUGCACUUUUGUUUCCUUGGCCCAGACGAUGCACUUGCUGCUGUUGGCCCUGAUGAUACCAAGGAGGAGUCAGCUGGGGGUGCGAAGAAUGGGGGUCCUACACCAAGAUUUGGAGGGCUUCUACAGGAGAUCCGGGUGGAAAGUGAGAUUGGAGAACGGGUUGGCGGAAAACAGAGCUUGAAAAACGUGGGCAAGGUUGAGAGAUUCGUGCUCGAGCAAGUCAGGAGGAUUUUCGAGUCAGAAUUCGUCUAUCCCAGCUUCUGGACAUUCCUGGUCUAG